GGAUUCAUCGAAAGUUGACACACACGGGCGAUCGUCGAUAAUGUCGCGAUGACACGUGACCGUGCAUGGAUCAGUGAGGCAUUACGCGAUCGUAGCCCGGUAUUCAUAGAUUUUAUUCAGGAAAAUUUUUAUUUUAUUUUUUUUUUCUAUUAUUUAAGGCGAUUCUAUACAGUUCCGUUUCAUGACGUCACGUUGUCAAUACUGAGCGGCGAGUGAACGGUGACACAUCACACAACCUAAACUGAAAUCCGAACGCGCAGUGUUUAUUAGUAAACAAUAAUUCUCCUUUGUUGUGCUAUACAUUAUCACGAUGCGUACCGAUCGUCGCACGUUCCGAUAAUUACCUCAAUGACGUAAGAACGCAGGGGGGGGAAGGGGGUUACAGGGAUCAAUAUAGCGAUAAGAUAUUAUAGAUAGUGAGUAAAAAAAUUACACCCCGUUACGACCGUAUAACCUCUCUCUCGUAAAAAUCAUCACACUGUGCCAACGAUCCGACUGCUAUUAGAGAGCCGAUGACACCAACGCUGUGAUAUGCUGAUGAACAAACUCAAGACUGGAUCGUUGAGUUUUUUUACUCGGCAUCGUAUAAUGCUAUAAAACACGGCGAUGUUACGACGAAAUAGGUUAAAGCACAGAGUGAUAUCCAUCGGCGUCAUCGUUCUUGCGACAAUAUUUUACAAUGAAUUUCUCGUAUACGAAGUACAAAAGUUCAAGUGGGCCAUGCGCGAGUGCUCGGAGUGCGUCAAAAUCCUCCUCGUCGCGGAUCCGCAAAUACUCGGGGAAAAAUAUGAGAAUUACUUUGGCUCGUGGAUAGCGAGAUGGGACAGCGAUAGGUACUUAGAGAAAACUUUCUCGAGAGCGUUAAAAUUUUCUCAGCCCCACGUUAUUGCCUUCUUAGGUGAUCUCAUGGACGAGGGUCAUAUAUCUAAUGCAGAGGAUUUUGAAAGGUACAAGAGGAGGCUGGAUUCGAUAUUUUCGAUGCCGGAUGAUGUAAUGAAAAUUUAUUUACCAGGCGACAACGACAUCGGAGGUGAGGACGAUCGUGUUUCUUCCGUCAUUCACAAGAGAUUCAAUUUUGCAUACACUCAGCCGGACACAUUAGUGUACAAGACCGUCACCUUUUUCAAAGUAAACAGAUUGACGCGCACGAUGCCGGAAGCGCCGAAGGACGCGUUUCUCAACGAUUACGCGGAGAGGAACACGACCAAUGUUAUUCUCAGCCACAUGCCUUUGCUGUUCACGCCCGGGAGUUUUGUGCAAAAUGUACUCAAGGAGUUGUCGCCGCAGGUCAUUUUUACCGCGCACGAACACAAAGCGAUGCACAUUAGUCUGGACACGGCGACGGAUCAGCUGAGCGACGUUUGGAUCCUGUCGCCGUACGAGACGCCGCUGUACCAAUUGAGAAUGGACGUGGGGGACAUUCACGAAGUACAAAUACCGACCUGUUCCUACAGAAUGGGUACGCCGCACAUGGGCUACGGACUUGCCUACAUAGAUACUCAGGAGAAGACCGUCGAGUUCACGAUUCUAUGGCUACCAGGCAGAUUCCCGCAGCUGUGUGCUUACAUAUUUAUCGUUAUACUGGUCAUCGUACUUGCCAUUUGUUUUUUCGUCUCAGGCUGCUGCGUAAAGAGCUACGCAACUUACAGUCGUUUACCUUCCGCGUAGAGGAUAGGGUCUUAAUCAAAAGUACUUACGCGCUACAAACGGCGAGUUGACUUGGCGUUGUGAAUCAGGUACAACGAUCCGUCCAUGAUUACAUGAUUCUUCGACCGUCUGUGCUGAGUCUCGCGAGUAAACGAGAAUAUUACGGUCGUUCAGCUACCUUACGUAACCGGUUGCAGUGAGACUUUAUUCAUUAGCCCCUGAAAUAUCUUAGAUCUCCGAAGCAGGGAGCUUUUAGGAAAACCUCCUUACAAAACUCUAUGAAGUUACUUACGAUAUAUGAAUAUAUAUUUAUUUGCCUUAAUCAUCGCCAUGACUGAAAGCAUGACUAAAAUGUAAUGCCAAAUACUGUAUCCAACUUCGAGCGCUGGCUUUAGACAUUCUUCGACUGACGUUUGAAUUACAAAUUCGAGUGAACUCGUUUAUCGUGAGAGGACAGAUAAGUAGCAAACGACGAGUUCUCGCGAGAGUGUUUAAAUUACUCUUUAACUGAAACGUAUAUUACUUAACCGAAAUGUAUUACUUAUUUUUUAGUAUUCUGAGCGAUUGUUCUCUUCAGUCUGAAAGCCAGCGCGAUAUUUAUUAAAGAGUAUUAUGUACAUAUCGACAUUUAUUGUAAAUCUCGAUGUUUCUUUGUGAGAUCUUCGUGUAUACACACACGCGUUCACACGCGAUAUGCCAAACGUUUAACGGGGCGGCUGGUUCGCGCGCCACCGCUACUCGUACGAUUUCUCCCACAUUGGGUAGCGUAAAGGGUAGGAGACCUGCUUGAAGUGCAUCACCGUGCAGUGUCAAUGAGAAUGAUAGAAGAAAAAUCCGUCGAUUAUAUUCUCUCGGUUAACGAAAUAAGAGAUUUUAUCGCAUCACGUUAUAAAGUAUACAGAAAUAUAAGGAACAAUUGUUGAGCAAGAGAUCCGCGUGUUUUAGAUAGAUCGAUUUAUAUUUCUUCGCGAACCCGUAUUAUUAUACACGCAAUAUUUGUCUGAAAUAAAUGUUAAGUGUUGAGACACGAGUCUCCAGUGAA